AUGCCAUUGAUCACAGGCCAGAACGGUCCGCUGCUGCAGGGCGGAUGUUUGAUCCUCCGGCUAGCCGGCCCGUUGUCCUUCAAAUAUCGCGGGACUUGUUGCAGAUCGACGGCUCUUGCAGCCCUCUCGGCUGCUUGGUAUUUUUUAGCCAUUAUGUCAAUAGCACAGCGCCCAUGCUCGAGAUGCGUCAGCACCAACAAGGAGGCGGCAUGUGUCGAUGUGCAACACAAGAAGCGCGGACGGCCCCGUCUACGGGAUGACGGCCAAGCGAGAUAUGAGGGUUCCGGAUUCGGAAGUGCCGCGGACGCCAUGAGGAGGCCGCUAGUGUACGACCCGGGGCCACGGCUGGGUAUGGUUCACGAUGACCCUGUUCGCCGAAGUCAAUCGUACCGUGUGCUGAAAUCCCAGCCAGCCGAACCAAUUGCACCGAGGUUCCUGGAGCGCGGGUUGGCAUCCGAUGCGAACGUGUACCCUGCCCCGCUGUCGAACGCCCUAGCCAGAGCACCCGAAGAGCCGGUUGCGUACCUGACAAUCGGCCUCGAAUUCUCAAGGGUAUCCCCAUCCUUCCUGAGUGCGAUCGGCCGGUCUUCAGUCACGGGAGUCGACUUCGCGAAUGUGCUGGUAGCCGAAGACCGUCCGAGAGCUUCCAGACUCCGGCAGCAGGCGCAGGAAGAGCAAACCAGCAAGGAUCCAGCUUACUUGCCGCCGAUAUUCAACGAGCGGAGCGAGGCGGUGAUGCAAAGCCUUAGCUUUACCCCGGAAGAAGUGUCGAGAUACCCGCUCCACUGGCUGGAUACUUUUACUUUCCUCGGCGACGACGGGCAUGCGCGACCGAUCUCGGUACGAGCAGGGCUAGCCAGUCGGGACUCGAUAUAUUUCGUCGUUCUGUUACUGAACCGAACGAACCAGCCAUCGUACCCGACGCCCUCACCCAGCAGCCUCAGAGAUUUGGGCGGCUCCUUUGACCCCGGCCUGCAACCGUACUCCCAGUCCACACCGCCCUCGGCGACGUUCGACUCGCGUCAGUCGAGGCUGAGCGAUGCUGGGCACCACGAUCCCAGGCAGACCGCACAGCUGACUGGCGGGUCGUCGCUGCACAUGUUGCCAGCCCGACGCCCAAGCCUCCUCUCAUCACCGUAUGGCCUCUCACCGGGACGGGCCGACUACCCAAUCACCCCUAGCGCAUACCAGGUCCCGAGAACCGAGGCGCACCCGUCUGGUCGCCCAUCUCAACUCACAGAUUAUCAGCUACCUCUUCCCAGGAUAAGGAGCCCACCUUUAGGCACCUCACAACAACGCGACGUGCCUCAGACUCAGCAAUCGCUGCCGCCGCCACCAGCACCACCACCACCUCCUCCUCCUCAUCCUCCUCCGCCUCCGGCUGCUGCUGCUGCUGCUGCCGCUGUUGUACCGCCAUACCAAGCCCGAGAGGAACGGACCCGAAUAGAAAUCGGAGGUCUGAUUGAACAGCCGGAAACGAGGGAGAUCCAGGAAAAGUAA